GUCAGAGAGUAGUAGACAUUGAACGCUAUUUUGAUAGGCGAGCCAGGUUCGAUUGUAGACGCUUAAAGCUUCCUGUAAAAAGCAUUGGACAGUAGGGCUGCCAGUCGCGGUAGCCUAGUUUGUGUUGGAACUAGUAAGCAGUAUACCGUUAGAUGGAGUCAAGCACGGGAAAGCCUCGACUGUUGGUCAUUGGUGGCGGGUUCGCUGGAGUAAAGUUGGCUUUCCAGUGCAGAAAAUUCGCCGAAGUCACACUUGUUGACCCGAAGGACUAUAUUGAGAUUACAUGGGCAACCGUACGUGGCAUUAUCGACGAUCGGGUAGCCUCUCGGUCCAUCAUCGAGUACAAGGACAUCCCGAACAUUGGCCGAGUCCUGCAGGGCACCGUGACCCGGUUAACGCCGCAGGAGGCCACCCUCAGCACGGGCGAGGUCCUGCCGUUCGACUACGCCGCCCUCUGCUGCGGCUCCUCCUACAGCGACUCGGCCUUCAAGUCGGCGGCAGCCACCACCCGCGGACAGCGGCUGGCGGAGUUGCAGGCCCUGUCCGAAACCAUCCGCGCCGCCAAACGCAUUGUGGUGGUCGGCGGUGGCCCCGCUGGCGUGGAGGCGGCGGCGGAGGUGGUGGAGGCGUACGCGGGAAAGGCGGUGACGCUGGUGACCCGCGGGGCGGCGCUGCUAGCGGACCUGCCGCCCAAGGCGGGUCGACAUGCGCAGGCGUGGCUGGAGAAGCAUGGAGUCAAGGUGCUGCUGGGCACCGGGAUAGCGGGCGCGCCCCCCGGCCCCGGCCCCGCCGUCCUCACCCUCACCCCCGCCUCCAGCCCCUCCACCUCCGACAGCAGCUCCUCCUCCCUGGCCGCUGACCUGGUGCUUUGGUGCACGGGGGCCGCCCCCAACACCUCUUUCCUGGCGGGGGCGGAGAAGGAGAAGGGGGCGUGGGCGGAGGGAGCAGCGGAGGAGGGGAAGGAGGAGAAGGGGAGCUGGCUGGAUGCAAAGGGAGCGGUGAAGGUCCUCCCCUCCCUCCAGCUGCCCGGCCGCCCCCACAUGUUCGCGUUGGGCGACUGCUGCGACGUCAAGGAGACCAAGCUGGGUUACCUGGCCAUGCAGCAGGCGGAGCUGGCGGCAAGGAACUUACGGGCCCUCAUCCGCGCCCGUCGCUGCUCGCCCUCCGCCUCCCCCCGCCUGGCCUCCUGGGCCCCCCACACCGGCGCAAUGGCGCUCAUGCUGGUGACGCUGGGGCGGGGUGACGGCGUGUGUCGCUGGGGCGGGGCGGUGUGCGGGGGCUGCCUGCCCGCCUGCUUCAAGAGCCGCACUCUGUUCGUGGACCACACGAGGAAGGAGUUGGGGGUGCGGGAGGGGGCGCGACAGAGCUGUGAGAAGACGUGUGCGCAGGCGAGCGGGAAGGUGGUGGCGGCGGAGGCGCCGAGCGGUUAGCUGCGGUUAGCUGAGAGUGGUUGGGGCGGUUGGGGAGUCGAACUGCAACGACCUGCGGUUACACGCAGUGACUGUUGACUCGUCGUCGCUGGGUGCCGUGGAGGCAUUGCUGCUGACAAGAGUGGUGACGUGCGGAUGACGGUGCGGGUAGGAGGGGCGCGGAGGGGGCUUGCAUGCUACAGCUUCGUCUAGUGGUGGGGACGGGGCUUGCAUGCAGCUGCUUUGGACGGUAUGGUGCUCUGCUGACCGACACAGCUGGACGAGAGGUGGACGAGAGGUGGAUAACUGCGACGCUGACGGGGUGCAUGGCGGGGGCUGUGAAAGCGCUGUGCUGCAUGUCAUGUCAUGUGGCCCGCCUAGAAUAAGAACGUGAGCACUGGCAUGGUGCAUCAGCGGGCGUGUAUUGCUAGGCGCUAUUGCAUUCCCUUAUGUAUUGUUAUGCGCAUGUUAACAUGAGGACUGCCGUGUGCUUGUAUUUUCACCCUUGCAUGACUGGCUUGGACCGUGCUUAGGCUGCUGUAGGCAAUGUCCACUUUACACCACAUUAUCAUAUGUGAACUGUGCACAUUAUCACAUGUAGAGGGUUUGUGAAGGGUUUGCGAGGGGUGCUGGUAUGCCGUACCCUGUGCAGUUGUAUGAUUGUCAGGAAAGCUGCGGGGGCGCUGUCAUUGGGUAAUCGCCGGUGAAGGUUCCCGGCUUCAUCACCCGGCUGCAGUUCUCUCCCAGGGAACAUCCGGGGCUGUAACGGUCAUUCACUGGA